AUGAGCAACAAGAAACAACAAGGUGGUAUCAAACCUUCGCAAUUUAAAGCCAAGGCUAUCAAAGAGCCUCUCAUCAGCAAAAUCCCUACACAACCCUCUGACGGCAUCCCAGAUGACGAGAAACUUCGACUCAUUGAUCAAACUGGCCUAAUGAAGAAAGUAAAGCAAAGGGAAUCCGAACUUAUGGUGAAAAAACAAGCAACUACAGCAGAGUAUAUAUGGCAAGCCAUCUUUUUGAGUAUUCCAUUUGGGUUUCUGAUGGCUACAUUUGAUGUUACUGUCAAGGUGCAAUACAGUGAGCCUUGGAACUAUGCUGGCAUAGUGACUAAAUGUGCUAAAUCAGCGCCAGCCCUCGCUCCUUUCAUCUACCUCACUAAUCGUUAUAAAUCCACUCGGCUUACGCAAGUGUUGAUGGCAUUUGGAUCUGCCAUUGUGGGUUCUUUUCUCAUGUACACACUGCGCCAUUCACCAUCGCUUGGACAAAUGAUGCGUGCUCCUGGUCUUGCUACUGUGUGGAUCUAUUUCAUUGUGCAGCUUGAUCUGAUACCCGCCACCGUCACCUUGACACUGGUAGCAUUGUACUGGUACUUUGGUCUUCGAGUUUAA